UAUAGAUCGAUGAAGAUCUUGGUAAGGGACACGACCAUGGUGAGGCCAUCAGAAGAGACACUGAAGAUAAAGCUAUGGAGAUCUAACCUCGACCUGGUGGUCUCAAAUUAUCACGUACAACUCCUGUAUUUCUACCGGCACAACGGCACAACCAACUUCUUUGAUAUAAAAGUGUUAAAGGAGGCUUUGAGCAAGGUAUUGGUUUCAUUCUACCCGCUCGCUGGUCGGUUUAAGGAAGACAAAGAUGGCCGCAUGGAGAUUGAUUGUCAAGGACAAGGCGUCUUGUUUGUGGAAGCCGAGUCCGACGGUGUGAUGGAGGACUUUGGUGACUUUGCACCAUCGUUAGAUCUUCAGAGACUUAUCCCCGUCGUUGAUUACUCAAUGGGAAUUGAAUCAUAUCCUCUACUACUCUUGCAGGUGACUUAUUUCAAAUGUGGAGGAGUUUCCCUUGGGGUUGGGAUACACCAUCGUGUUGCGGAUGGCUCAUCAACUUGUCACUUCAUUAACUCAUGGUCCGAUAUUGCUCGUGGCCUGGACCUUACUACCCUGCCCAUCCUAGACAUGACCCUCCUCCGUGCUCGGGACCCACCACAAUCCGUUUACCAACACAUUGAAUUCCAACCACCCGUUCAAUCGCUAAAAUCACCUCAUGAUGAUAAAGCCGCCGUCAGUUUCAUUUUCAAGUUGACACAAGAUGAAAUGAAAGUGCUCAAAAAGAAAUGUAAAAUACGUGGAAGCACAAUCAACUUCAGCUCCUACGAAAUUCUGGCAGGCCAUAUCUGGAGGUCCGUGACUAAAGCCCGUGGGCUACCGUAUGAUCAGGAGACAAUGCUCUACAUCCCCGUUGAUGGACGGGCUCGCGUUGAUCCUCCUUUGCCACUCGGUUAUUUUGGGAAUGCCAUCUUAAUGGCAACUCCUAAAUCAUUAGCCGGCAAGCUGCAAUCGAGCCCUACUUAUUAUGCUACAAAUAAAAUACAUGAUGCAAUAGCGCGGGUGAAUAACGAUUAUAUAGCGUCAACAAUUGACUAUCUAGAGCUACAUCCGGACUUGAACGCUCUGGUUCGUGGGCCGGAAACAUUUUUAAAUCCUAAUCUUGGAAUUUCUGACUGGGCUAACCUCCCUUUUUAUGACGCUGAUUUUGGAUGGGGUCAACCUAUACACAUGGGUCCUGCUUGGAUUCCAGAUGGUUUGAGCAUAGUGUUAGCAAGCCCCGUCAAAGACGGAACAGUCUCUAUAGCCAUUUCGCUGCAAGCCCAACAUAUGCAGAGCUUUAGCAGAUUCUUUCAUAUGGUUGAAGGUGCGCUACAUGUGGAACCCUGCAUGCCUUCCAAAUUAUAG